ACUGCAACUGUGAAGCUGGUUUCAAUGUAAACACAGUUAUGUCAUUGUUCUGAUUUCCCACUGCAGUGAAAAAUCAAAAGGGAGGCUGGCUUUUUCAUUGCCUUCCACCAUUCUCCUCCCCAUUCCCCGUAACAACACCACCCACAGGGGAGAUUCAAACCCAGACUUACAGAUUUGUUGACCACAUUAUAAACGUUGCCCAGAAUGAAGCUGAAGUUUAUUUAGUCUCGGCUCAUUGUGAAUCCAGUGUGAUUUGAUGGAUACUGUGUCAGGAUGAGGAGUUCAUCUCUUCCAUCUGGCAAUGCCUGAAGGAGACAUGUACUUUGGGGCGGUGGAUUUGCAGUGUGAGGUCAACAAUACUGAGCAUCACACCAUCGAAAUUGACAAGGACCGGCUCCUGGUCCGGAGGGGUCAAGAAUUCCACCUACGUGUGGAGUUUAAACAGCGGGCGUUCCUGGAGGGUGUAGACCAGCUGGCAAUGUUCCUGGACACAGAGCCCACCCCAUCAGAAGCAGAUGGGACUCGAAUUCAAGUACUGAACUCCAAGCUGAAGUGGGGCAAGUGGACGUUCCGUCUUCAGGCCACUUCAGGGUACGUUCACCUGGCUGUUCAGAGUCCACCAAGUGCCUGCACCGGCCAUUAUCAUAUCUACCUGAUACUUUACCCAAGUGGAGGUGAAUCCAUUCAACAGAUCACUGCGGGAGAUUUUCACCUACUCUUCAACCCCUGGUGUCAAGAGGAUGCAGUCUACCUGCCUGAUGAAGAUUUGCUGCAGGAGUAUAUUCUGAAUGAGAAUGGAUUGCUCUAUCAUGGCUCACAUACCAACAUCUACACAUUACCAUGGAAUUUUGGACAAUUUGAAAAAGAUGUCAUUGAUAUUUGCUUUCAAAUUUUGGACAACAGUCUCUCUGCUCUUAAAGAUCCCUCGGCUGAUAUUCGAAGAAGAAACGAUCCUGUAUACGUCAGCAGAAUAGUGACUGCUAUGGUGAAUGCAAAUGAUGACAAAGGUGUGCUUUUGGGAAGGUGGGAUGGUAAUUAUGCUGAUGGGAUUGCCCCGACCCGAUGGACCGGGAGUCUCCCAAUUUUGCGCCUGUGGAGCAGUUCCGGGGCUGAGAAAGUGCGAUAUGGACAAUGCUGGGUCUUUGCUGCUGUAGCUUGCACAGUUCUCAGAUGCUUGGGAAUCCCGAGUCGUUGUGUUACAAACUAUUCAUCUGCUCAUGACACGGAUGGCAAUCUCAAAGUGGAUCAGUAUUACAGCAGUGAAGAUUAUUCGCGCAUUCCUUCAAAAAGGAAAGAUAUGGUAUGGAACUACCAUUGCUGGCUGGAAGUGUGGAUGACCCGUCCCGACCUUCCCCCUGGCUACGAUGGAUGGCAAGUCUUGGAUCCUACUCCACAAGAACGGAGUGACGGCAUUUACUGCUGUGGUCCUUGCCCUGUCAAAGCAAUAAAGGAAGGUCAUGUGGAUGUGAAAUAUGAUGCUGUGUUCAUCUUCGCCGAGGUCAAUGCAGAUGUGGUUUACUGGCUGGUAAAUAAAGAUGCAUCAAAGCAAGAGCUGGGAGUCAAACAGCACCAAGUGGGAAAACAGAUCAUCACAAAAAGUGCCUACACAGACAAACGAGAGGACUUAACACAUGAUUACAAAUACCCAGAGGGAUCUACAAAGGAACGGGAAGUCUACAACAAAGCUGGAAUGAAAAUCAGAUCUGCUGACAUCCGGGAAAAAGAUUUAAAGAUCAGCAUUAAAUAUGCUCAGCCAAUCUUUGGAAGUGAUUUUGACGUCCAUUUCAGCAUUGUAAACCAUGGCUUUAUGGACAAGGAGAUCCACUUAACACUGUCUGCAACAACCAUAACAUACAACGGGUUUAUUUUAACAGAAUUCAGCAAAAGGUCAAUCACAUUGACGUUAAAAGCUGCUACAGUUCAGAAAGAAGUUUUGAGACUGAAAUACAGAGACUAUGGUGAACAUCUCUCUGAGCACAACUUAAUUCGAAUGACGGCCAUGCUAAUACUUAAAGGCACAUCUGAAGUGAGCCUUAAGGAGUGUGACAUUGCCCUGAAUCUACCUCGGCUCACAGUGAAGGUAAUCGGUGACCCAAUUGUGCGCAGAGAGUUGACUGUCCAAAUAAAGUUUGCAAAUCCACUUCCCAUCACAUUAACCAAAGGAAACUUCAGUGUGGAAGGCACUGGACUCACAGAUUUACAGGAAAUUAAGUCUCCUGCUGCAGCAAUCCAUCCUGGGCAAGAGGUUGUGGUGAAUGUCUCCUUCACACCAAGCAAGACAGGUUUGCGGAAACUGAUGGUGGAUUUUGACAGCAACAGGCUUCAUGAUGUCAAAGGUUGCGCCAGCAUUAUUGUCAGACGGGCUUAACAAACAGCCACUGGCAUUAUGUUCAGUAUUUUAACCCAUGGAUGUAUCAGCUAGGAAUCUUACCCUUUUAAUGCAAUAGAACAUUUGGUUGCUGUGUUUCAUAUGUUGAUUGAAAUUCCUGCCACUAGUACUUUAGCUAUCCAUCCUUUGACAAUGAGAAAUAGUGGGAACUGCCGAUGCUGGAGUCUGAGAUAACAAGGUGUCGAGCUGAAUGUACACAGCAGGCCAGGUAGCAUUAGAGGAGCAGGAAA